GCGGCGGCGGCGGCGGCGGCGGCGGCGGCUCCUUUAUUAUUAUUAUUAAUUAUUAUUAUUAUUAUUAAUUAUUAUUAUUAUAAUUGUUGUGAAGAUGAACAAGAGGAAAGUUAAUGCUGUUAUUGACUCUGAGAGUGAAGAUGGAAGUGCUACUGAUAUUGACUCUGAGUUACUGGCAUUGGCCAAAAAGAAGAAGAAACGAUCUGGCAGCGAGUCAUCCGGCGGGUCAUCCCCCAAACAAAAGUCUGCGCCACAGACUAAGGUUAAGGUUGCCUCCGACUCCGACUCUGAAACCAGCGACUCCGACUCAGACUGGGAUGCUCCCAAGGGCAGAAAAAAGAAAAUGGGUAAAGGUGGCAGCAAGACUAGGAACAAGCGAGCGGUGGUUGCAAGAGACAGUGACUCCGAUGAAAGUCGACCAGCGAAGGCUAGCGACUCGGAGACAGAAGAAGGUGAAGUGUCGGACAGCAACAGCAGUGAUUCUGAAGUCGACCUGGACGAAGAGUUUGAUGAUGGACUUGACGAGAACAUGAUUGGCGAUGAGGAAGACAGGGCGCGCCUGGAACAAAUGACCGAGAAAGAGCGCGAACAGGAGAUUUACAACAGAAUUGAGAAGAGAGAAGUUUUACGCACCCGUUUUGAGAUAGAAAAAAAGCUGAAGCUUGCCAAGAAGAAAGAACAGAAAAAGAGAAAAGAAAAAGAAGGUGACAAGCCAAAGGAGAAAAAACAGCCAGUGUUGACUGACAGGAAGAAAACACUAGAGGAGAGGGCGGGAAGGAACGAUAAAUUUGCCGCUCUAAAAGCAAAGCGAGAAAAUAAAAUUCAGAAAGCUGAAGAGGAGAGACAAAAGAAAGAAAAGGAAGCAGAAGAGAAGAGAAGAAAAGAGGAAGAGAAGGAGAGAUCGAUGGACUCGGACUCUAAUAAUGAAGGAAAAUCUAAGCACAAACUUAAGGCAUCGGAAGUAUUCAGCUCGGACGACAGUGGAUCUGAAAGCGAUAAAUCGACAAAAUCUGAAAAAUCAACGAAGCGCCGUUCCUCCUCCUCGUCAUCGUCUUCCUCUUCCGACAGUGAUAGCGAUUCUGGCAGCCCAUGUGGUGAAGAAGCUCCGAAGAGAAGUGUCGGGGCGACAACGUUAAGACGACCCAGCAAGCAACAUGAUGCCAAGUUGAUAAAGAGGGUAGAGCAAAAGAUUCUACCUUCUUCUUCCUCUUGCUCUUCUCUCUCUUCCUCUUCAUCUUUUAGUGAUUCCAGCGACAGUGAUAUUGCACCUAAGAAGGCUAAACUUGGCAGAUCCAAAGACAGUUAUCGCUCGAGGGAUGAGAAGCCCAAGCACGUAUCCACUAAAGAAGAUCUUGAAAAAAUUCGUCUCUCUCGUCACAAAAUGGAGCGUUUUGUCCACCUACCAAUUUUCUCCAAGGCUAUUAUUGGUUGUUUUGUUAAAAUAGGUAUUGGCAAUCACCAAGGCUUGCCAGUUUAUAGGGUGGCAGAGAUUACUGAAGUUUGUGAAACUGCGAAAAUCUAUCAGUUGGGCAACACUAGAACCAACAAAGGUCUUCGUCUCAAACAUGGCAAUCAGGAACGAGUCUUCCGUUUAGAAUUUGUCAGUAACAGCACCUUCUCUGAUUCUGAGUUCAACAAGUGGGUGGAGGACUGUGCUGCACACGGGACAGAACUGCCAACUAUGGAACAUGUCGAACAGAAGCAGAAAGAUAUCAAAGAUCUGCUAUAUUACCAGUUUAGUAGUGAGGAUAUUGACAGAAUAGUGGAGGAGAAAGCUCGCUUCAACCACAACCCUACCAACUUUGCUGUGGCCAAGACUUUACUUAUGAAGGAGAAAGAUAUGGCCCAGCAGAAAGGUGAUGAUGAGACUGUGGAAAAGCUUAACGAAAAGAUUGCAGACCUCGAUGAAAAAGCCAACAGCCUUGACAAACGCAGAACUCAAACUAUCGCAGCAAUCUCAUACAUCAAUGAACGAAACAGAAAAAAUAAUGUUGAAAAGGCAGAGAAGGCCAUUUUGGCAGAAAUUGAAGCUAAGAAAGGUUUAAAAGUGGAAGAUCCCUUCACCAGACGCUCCACUCGGCCAACCAUGGUCACCAAAACCAAAGAGCCAGAAAUUCAUUCCUCGGAAAUGUUGCUAAGAAUGGAAAUGGAAAGAAAAAAGAAAAUGGAUGAAGAUAAAAAGAAAAAGGAUGAGGAGAUAAGCAGAAAGAAGCAGGAUGAAGAGAAGAAGAAAGAUGAAGAACGUAAGAGAGUACAAGCAGAGGAUCUGUUUGCAGCCCACGACUUUGAUGUCAAGAUUGACCUGGAUGUCACAAUGCCCGCUUCUGCUCCGCUUGGACCCAGACAAACACUGGGGAACGCCACCAAUGAGAGUUCCAAUGGUUCAGCUCCUAAGAGAUCCCUAAACCUGGAAGAAUACAAAAAGAAGAAGGGACUAAUAUGAGGCAUUUGUACUUAGGAAACAAUCUAGUUAGUAGACAAAUGACUGGUAAAUGCUAAAAACUGGAUGGUAAAGCCAUUCUUUCAGCAUUUAGUUGGAAUGCAGACUGGCUAAUAAUGCUUCAAAUGUUUUUUGGUUGGGGGGAGGGAUGGGUGACUCAUUUAUUGAUGUACCGUGAAUAAUGUGAUUCAAAAAUUCUAUUUUCACACUAGUUAUAUAGAAAACAUCAUGACUUUAAAUGUGAGAAUAACAUGCAAACAUUGUAUGUCAGCUGUGAAGAAUUAUUAGUAACAUUUCCUAAUUAUCAAUUAUGUGUCCGUCACCUUUAACUAAUUUUGUUUCUUUCGUGACUGAAAGAAAAACUGAAAUUUAGACAUCUUCACUAAUUCUAUGGGGAGCUUGAAUUUAUCUCUUGUUACACAUUUUGUUUACUGGUAAUUGUGGAACUAGUGUUGUGGCCAAAAGUUUGUAAAAUUGCAAGAAAUAACUUUUAUUUCUGACAGUUGGGUUGUUUGUUUAUAAUGAUCGUUCACUGCUGAAUAAAUUAUGGUAUAGAAUACACAUUUAUCUCAUCAUGGGUAAUUAACUAGAUAUUUAUUUCAUGUCUGUUCAUUUCAGAUUAAAAUAUAAUUAGUUUCUUAAUUUAGUAAUCCAUUCCUUUACGUAACUGGAUACGGAUUUUACACAUUUUAUUUAUUGAAAUCAUUAGGACUCGGUCCAUGAACGUUAGGCUCUCGAAGAUAUGGUCUUAUCCACAGUUUUCAUAUUGUCAUAUCAUUUUAUAUUUAAAAAGAUAUUAUCAUGUUGUACAUGGAAUGUUGACUGGUGCAUAAUACAUUACAGCAGAUAUGUAAGGUAUUGUACAUAGAAGUGAAGUGUAAGCUGAAUUGUGUGGUAGAGCAGAACAGAGGUGUUGCUUCUCUUGUUCCAUUACCAUAAGAAUAGAGGCACAAUGAGUUCUGGUGAUGGCAAGUACAGUGUCUGUACUAUAAAGGAGGAGUUGGGAUGUUUGCUGUUUGGAAUGACAUCUGAACUGUUGUUGCGGUGCGUCUCUGGCAAGAUAGUGUCAAUGAUGGUGAAAGUUUCUUUUUCAGGUUGCCCGGUCUUGGUGGGAAGCGGCCAGUGUGUCUAAAAAACUUAAACCAUCAUUCGCACCUCGAAUAUCAAACAUGUUUCUAUAAAACACAAAUUUUGUCCAUUAGGCCCUGAUGCCUCAGUCUGCAGUCAUAUUUGUAUAUGGCACUGAUGCCUCCAUCUAUAAACUAUAUUUAUAUAUGGCACUGAUUCCUCCACUUCUAAAGCUAUAUUUAUAUAUGGCACUGAUGCCUCCAUCUGUUGGCCAUAUUCAUUUGUGGCCCUGAUGGAAGACGAAUUACUACUUGGCUCAGUGUAGAAGCUACUCUCAGGCAGAGAUGGUAAUGGAUGCCAAGUCUCCUAGGUACAUGACUCAGCACAGUAUACAUGCCAAGCUUCCUAGGUACACCUACCAUCCGACUUACGACCUGCUCGACAUAUGACCACUCGACUUAUGACCAUGUUUUUUAUGCCAAAUUUUUGGGAAAUAAACAAUGUUUGUGUUGUACACAGUGUUUAUCCUACACCUUAUGGUAUAAAAUACAGUACUAACAGCAUAAAAAGUAAAGUAAAAAAAUUAAAUACCAAAAAAAAAAAAAAAAUCAUUACAAAUG